AUGGCCAGAUGUCGGGCGUCAUCGAGGUACACUACACCAGAAGCGCUGGCUUUGCACGACAUCGUAGCUCCCGACCGCUGGUGCGUCACACGGUCAGACCUGAUCUAUUUGCGGCAUGAGGUUUGGCGCGCCAUCCAGGGUGGGGAGAUUCGUCCUUCUGAUGAGAGUGAUCCGUUUGAGCCGUCCGACGAUCAGUAUGGGCCAAACAUCCACACGGUGAACAGGCAGUACAUCAUGCCAGUGACCGAUGAAGCCGGCAAGGUCAGCUGGGCAUUAAUGCGGCAUCCGGAUGGCUUGCACUGCGACCUGUUCAUCAGCCAUGCUUGGCAGGAGGGUGUUUUCGAGUUCCUGUCCAAGGUCUUGCAUUCCUGGCCUUCGGGUUCGCGGCACGUCUGGUGCUGCAUGCUGGCCAACCCGCAGAACUUGGACAUAGGAUCCUAUUUGCAAUCUCCCGGCACGUCGCCCUUCGCACGAGCACUCCAGGCCUCUACGUGCGUCCUCGUGGUGCCCAACCGCCACCGUAGCAUCUACACCAGGCUCUGGUGUGGCUACGAAGCCUACCGUGCCCAGGAGGAGGGAAAGACCAUCUUUAUUGCUAGAGCCUCGAACAGCAAGCAGAUGCGCCAUGCCAUUAUCUGGGCGAACCUCUCAGGACUCCUUGGGAUGAUAUGUGGCUUUUGUUCGCGACACAUCAAGAUCCAGCCGACUCCCUUGUACGUCGGGGUGGCAGCUGCAUGUAUCAGCGCCAACAUUAACCACAACAGGUGUCGCAGGCUCUUGAACAGGAUCGGCGCUAUGGCAGUAGGUAUCAUUAUCAUGCAUUGGCGAACAGUAGAAUUCGAUCCUGAUGAUGACGGCAUUGAGGAGGUGCCUGCUUUCGCGGCCUUUGUGGAGCAGCGGUUGCUUCUACUCGCCGGUUUGACUUUCUUCGUGCUGUUGGAGGUGGACCGCAUCAACGGUGAAGCCAAAAUGCAAGAAGCCAAGCAUCUGAGCUGUGGAUUUUCGGGCAGCAUAGUGCAGGCAACAUGUUCUAAGCAAGUUGACGCAGAGCGGAUAUUUGGAGAGAUUGGAGAGAAAACCGUUGAUGUCGACUAUGCUAUCCAUGUUCUUCUAGAUGCCGGGAUGUCAUCGCCAACUCUUCGAGAUAUUUCACAUCGAGGAAUUGAUGUUCGGGGUGCUGGAAAUGCCGAGAUCGCUUUUCCUUUCGUUGCGCUCGUGCCGCUGGUGUGGGAAACCUUAUGGUCUAUUUAUUGUGACAUCGUCUACCUUAACAACGAAAUCAACCUGGAAUCCAUCCCCCUCUGGUUCUGGGAAAGCAUCACCGUUCUGGCUCGUCUUGGCCUGCUCUUUGUUUUGUGGAAGAAGCCUCGCGAUGAAAGAUGUUUCAUCUUGAAAAUGAUGUCGAAGAUCGUGGCAGUUUACUUAGUUAUCAGCUCUCCUCUUCUUGCCGUAUGGGAGUCUCAAGCUAACAAAGUUACGCCAGAUCGACGGUGGUUUGCAUUGCCCCUGACGGUGUACACGAGCAUGCUCGGACUUGCUUGCGCCCGGGCUUAG